UGCACACUCUUUUGUUUGAGUCAGAAAGAAACGACAGGCUGGACUAAACAUGGUGUUGUCGAGUUAACCACUUCUUUUUUUCAAAGUGUGUUGCUGAGCACUGGGAGGAGCAGCCUGCUGACACCGGUGUUGGCCGCCAGCCUGCCAGGGUCAAUGCUACUAGGAUGGACCUGCUGAACUCUCAGUUCCUGGACAAGAUGAACAACAACAUCGGGAGACUGCACUUCGACGAUGAGUCCAGGAUGCCCUCCCUGUCUGCUUCCAUAACCGGGCCGCCUCCGCACUGCCCUGGAAAACGAAAGUAUGGGGACGAACAAAUGGAAGACCGAAUCAACUGCGAUGAUGACCAUAUGACCAAAAUGAGUCGUCUGAUUGCUACCCAGUUGGCCCGCCCCACUGCUGGAAACAACCAUAAUGAGCACUGGAGCCUCAGCCACAGUGCGGUGGAACAUAUUACUUCCUCCAAUGGUAUCCAUGGAAACCACCUGUAUGCAUCAAUUUCUGGCUAUGAUGCAGACCAGCCGCUGGCCCUGACCAAAAGCAGCCACGACAUUGGACUGAGCAAAAUAACAAAGUCUGUCAUAAAUGGCACCGUGGAACGACAGCAGAAUCGUCCCUCGGUUAUUACGUGUGCACCCGCAAGUAACCGGAAUUGUAACCUGUCACAGUGCCACAUGAACGGCUGUCCCCCCGGCCAACCUACCGAUCAGAAAAAGACUAAUGCUAACACCGUAUGUGACCCCGUGAUUGAGGAGCACUUCCGCCGCAGCCUUGGGAAGAACUACAGAGAGUCAGAGCCAGUGUCCAACUCGUUGUCCAUCACCGGCUCUGUGGACGACCACUUUGCCAAGGCACUGGGCGAUACCUGGCAUCAGAUCAAAGCCAGAGGUGGGGGCCACCAAUCUCCAGAGGCUGACCUAUGAGUCAGAGCAAAUCAGUCGUUACAAUCACUUCCUAAGUGUGUUCAUGUGAGAGGGGAGAACGUCCACUCUCAGUUCUUGCCAAGAAAUAUCUUCUAAGUCUAAGACGUAUGGUGCUCUCAUAGGCGGUUCAGUUAUGGACCUUGAGGUCAAGCUUUUAGAACACUCGGAUUUGUAAUCUGAAAUUGGCAAAUUUAUAUCAAAGAGGAGAAACAAAAUGUUUUAUAGUGUUAUGUUUAUGGGACAAAAAAAAAAGAAGUACAAUCAGAUUUUUAUUUUGAAACGACGAUGAGGUUCACAGUGGUCAGUUGUCAGCAUGAGCUCCUCUCUCUCACACCAGCCUUUUACCUGCCUUGAUAGCCAAAGACAUUUCUGCCUUUCUCCAUCAACAUGUAAGCCAUAGAUCUAUUAUUUUUCACUCUAAGAAUCACUUUGCUUUUGAAUCUAUAUUACUUGAAAAGGACAGCCAGGUCUCAUUUGCACUAUUACGUUCCUGACCGUUGAGGUAGCAGGUUACCUGUUUCAGUUGGAAGUAAUGUGUUCAAAAAUGCAUUUAAUGUUUUGAGAUUGUGAUGAGACAAGUACGGCUCUGGUCCCCCUCUGCUUUCUCAAGACUCUAGAUUCAUAAAGAUGGAUUGUCAUCUUUUUAAUGGUGAACUGGACGUAUCCACGGUUAAACAAUUUUAAUUUACUGUCUAUAAAUUCACUGUGGCUGAUUACUUAGUACACUAAUACCAAUCUUAGUCGGUAUGUCUAACUAGAAAGCAUGUUUCAGAUAGCUGGUUUCUAUUACAGACCUUUAUUCUAUACUAUAUAUUUACCCAGAAUUUAUUUUUAUCUAUAACAUUGUAGAAAUGCUCACUGCUGGUACAGUUGUACUCAAUAUAUUUUUUUGUAUCUGGUUUUCACUUACUAUAUGUAGGUACAUAUCUUAGCAUCCAUCUACAAAUCACAGCCUCUGGCAAGGUUGUUUUUAGUGCAGCUUAAUGGGCUGCAUUAUUUUUGUUACUCUGCGGAGCUGGAUAUUGUAGCUUUACAUGUUACUAAAGCUAACAGCUAACUCUCACAAUCUGUAGCAGUUUAUUAGCAGCAGCUUUAUUUAUUCUCAACAUGUUGAUUUUUCUUUUCAUGUUAAGUUUUGUGAAAGCAGAAGUCUAACUUUGAUGGGUUUUUUUUUAAUGAAGAUUUCUCCAAUUAUUUACUGACAAAGAUGUUUAAAUUGACUUCAAUAAGAUUCUAAUGCACAUGUAACAUGGGUAGCCUUAGUUUUUGAGUCAGCACCAACAUUCCACCGCUACUGCCUGACAUUUAAGUCACUUCAGUUAUGUUACAACUAUGUAUUUUUUUCCUUUCUCUUUCUGUCGCUCUCUUUUGAAUUUGUAUUGUCUUGAUGCAAGUUGCCAAAAUCUUGGAGAAAGGCUUAACAGAGUAACAAAGUUUUUUUUUUUUUUUUAAACUGCAGUUGAGUUUGAUUAUAUCUUCCUCAUUUUGAAAAUUCUAACAUUGUAGUUUGACUUAUUGGCAACACUGAUUGAGAUAUAUAUGGUAGUUUUUUAUUUUUUAAAUCUAUUAACUGUUUGUGAAAACGCCCACAUUUAUUAUGAUAUUCAGUAGCUGUUACACACUAUUCUUCGUAUUUUAUUUUACAAUUUCUCGACUAUCAUUGCGCCGUGCGGAAUGAUUAUAGAUAUUUUGUCUCUGUCUAGAGUAGUGCACUCAUGUAGGUUGCAACCGUGCUUUCUGUCUCAUUGGCUAACUUUCCCACAGUUGUCCUUUGGUAAGUGCAGGAACACAACAGUCUUUUGAUCAAAGAGUUUUUGUGCAGUGUUCGAAUGAGUUCUGUUAAAGUUUAAGAGUGUGAGUUUUCUGUGUGUACGUACCAUUGUAGAAAUGAGGGAUUAUCUUUUGAUCUGCUUGUUUGAUACAAGUGUGUUUGGGGAUAUGAGGCCAUUGUUAUUUAAUUUCUAUAUUUAGACUACCUGUCUCUCAAAGACUGUUUGCAUAACGUUCUUGCUACAUUUGUCCAUUUUUGUCCUUAUUUCUCUGGAAGAAAAUACCACUUUUUUGUACUUACAUCUCUUCCAAAUAAACAUAUAA